CGGAACAAACACCACGUAAAGCAACAGCAAAUCUUUCGAAAUAAAUGCAAAAUCAUAUGAAAAACAUUGUAAUAAAUUAACUAAAAUCAAAAUCACAUCAUAAUGGACGCUGGCCAAUGGUACCGGUCGCUGCCGCGCUUCACCCGCUACUGGCUGACGGCAACGGUGGUGCUCAGCCUGCUCUGCCGCUUUGACCUGCUAUCGCUCUCGGCUCUGCAUCUGGACCGAUCGAAGGUCUUUGGCAGCCUGCAGCUAUGGCGAUGUGUCACCUCGCUGUUUGUGUUCCCCAUCACACCGAACACGGCCUUCCAUUUUCUCAUCAACUGCUACUUCAUUGUGCAGUACAGCACCAGGCUGGAGAAGGAUCAGUACUCGCGCAGUCCCUCCGACUACCUGUAUCUGCUCAUCGUGACAGCAGUGCUGGCCAACGUAGGUGGGCUGCUGUUUAAGGUCAGCUUCCUCAUGGACAUGAUGGUGAUGGCGGUGACGUACAUUUGGUGCCAGCUAAACAAAGAUGUGACAGUCAGCUUUUGGUUUGGCAGUCGCUUUAAAGCCAUCUAUUUGCCCUGGGUGCUGGCUGCAUUUGAGUUUAUAUUCAAGUUCUCUCUUGCCUCGUUAUUGGGCAUUUUCAAUGGCCAUGUCUACUUUUUCCUCAAAUUCCAAUAUUCCCAGGAGCUGGGCGGCAAUGCGCUGCUGGAGACGCCGCAGUUCCUGAAACGCCUGGUGCCCGACACUUCUGGCGGGUUUGGUGGCUUUGGCGUGCCACCGGAGAGCAGAGCGCCACCGCGUGCACCCGAAAAUCCCUGGGGCAGGGGCAUGACUUUGGGUCGCAACUAGGUACACAGACACAUCCACCAUAUAGAUCCCAAUUUUUGGUUAGCAUUUUUUGUAACAAACUAAGUCCAAAAACCUGAUCUUUUUCCAAUCAUCGCUCGAUUCUACAGCCGCAGCAGCAGCAGCAAUAAGUAAAAAUAUUGUUAAGUGGGGAGGAUUAUUAUUGUGCAUAAAAAAUGAAAUUAUAUAUAUGUAGAUAUAUUUAAAUAUAUCCA